AUGAGCAGCGAUUCAGAUAUUUCGUUUGUUGAUGAACCACCAGUUAAAAUCGCACCAAAAAAGAUGAAAAAAACUGCAAAUAAGGUCGGCGGAGAAUCGAUUCUGAACGGGGAUAACGAUAAUUCUAAUAAGAUAAAUAAAGAAGACCCAAUGAAAGUUUUUACUAACAUUGAUAAGUCAACUAAAAGGCUAAGCAUUGAGGAAAUUUAUCAGAAGAAAAGUCAGCUGGAACAUAUUUUAUUACGUCCCGACACGUAUAUUGGUUCUAUAGAAUUCACUGAUAAAUCGUUGAUGUGGGCAUAUGAUGAAGAAGAAGAGCGAAUUGUCCAACGCGAAUUAUCUUAUGUUCCUGGUUUAUACAAAAUAUUUGAUGAAAUUUUAGUAAAUGCGGCUGAUAAUAAGCAAAGAGAUCCUAAAAUGAAUCUGAUAAAGAUCGCAAUAAAUAAAGAAAAAAAUGAAAUCACCAUUUUCAAUAAUGGAAAAGGUAUUCCUGUCGUUCUUCACAAAGUUGAACAAAUGUAUGUGCCAGAGCUUAUUUUCGGCACAUUGUUAACAUCUUCCAAUUACAAUGAUAGUGAUCGCAAAGUGACAGGUGGACGAAAUGGAUAUGGUGCGAAAUUAUGUAAUAUAUUUAGUAAGAGAUUCACUGUUGAAACAUCUUCUAAAGAAUAUGGAAAAACAUUCAAACAGACUUGGAUUAACAAUAUGACAAAGGAUAAAGACGCUGCAAUAAGCAAAGCAACGACUGAAGAUUUUACUCGUGUGAUAUUCUCGCCAGACCUGGAAAAGUUUAAAAUGAGUGUAUUGGAUGACGAUAUUAUUGCAUUGAUGUCGAGAAGAGCAUAUGAUAUUGCUGGUUCAACUCGCGGUGUUAAAGUUUAUCUCAAUAAUAAAUUGUUGCCGGUGAGUGAUAUUCAUCAUCAUUUCAUUUUUUACGGUAAAAAUUAA